ACUGACUCACAGGGCCGGCAGUCAGUUUGUUGUUGGUCUGCGGCCGAGUGCAUCCUCGCUGCUGCCCGUCCGGCCUGCGAAUUUCGGCGCCGCAGCGCCCACCGCACACACACCAUGUCCGGCAACGUGCUCCUCCUGCUCGCGGCCCUCACGCUGAAAGGUGCUGCGAGCGUAACACUUUUCAAAGUGGAAGUGCCGGAUUUCAAGAGGGUUGGAGAAUCAGCCACGUUGAUGUGCAAUUAUUCGCUUUCCGACGGCGAGGGACUGUAUUCUGUCAAGUGGUACAAGGACAACGAGGAGUUCUACCGCUACGUGCCGAGAUCUCGACCCGCCACAAUCAGCUACCAAGUCGAUGGCGUCGAGGUUCAGCGCCACUUUUCCAACAACUACAACGUUCACCUGCAAUCACUCAAUUUGCGCUCAAGUGGCCUCUACAGAUGCGAAGUGUCCGCAGAAGCUCCAUCGUUCAGCUCUGUAAACGGCGAGGGUCGUAUGGAAGUUGUCUAUUUGCCAAAACACGACCCGCUCAUGACCGGCGGCGAGAUGGUCUACGCCUUGGGUGACCAGGUCAGCAUCAACUGCACCUCCAGCAAAUCGUACCCGCCUUCUGAGAUGAGAUGGUACAUCAAUAAUCAUCCUGUAAGUGUCCAGUCUAAUGUCUCGGGCGACAACGUCAUCCAGUACGAGCCGGUGGUGCACAAGCACGGCCUCGUCACCACCAGGUCGGGCCUCCGCUUCGAGGCGAUGGAGCACCACUUCGUCAACGGACGCAUGACCGUCAAGUGCACGUCCAACGUCAGCCUGCGAAAGCCGGACAACCCCUUCCAGCAGAACGUGCCCUCGCUGGACAGCAAGUGGGUCGUCAUGGACUUCCUCGGCGGAGCGUCAGGCGUGUCGGCCUGUCCGGCACUGGUGAGCGCGUCGCUGUUGCUGCUGUUGCACCUGCUGUGCAGCCGGAGAGUGCAUUAAAAGGGCCCAAGUCGGUCGGUCGGGGCCGCGCGAUCGCCCUGGGACAAAUCAUUCUUGGUGAUAUUUUGUUAUAAGUGAUCGAACGCUGUUGGCACGAGAAGCAAAGAAAGCAAGCAAGUGACUUUAGAAGAGACGUAUGUAUGUACUACUUAACGCAUCAUCAACAACAAAAGUGUUCCAUCAGGCACCUAUUUACUUAAAUAUAUCAAUGGACUCGAAAUCGUUUUUUAGGAUUGCGCACUGUUCCUGUUCCUUGUGAAUAUCUGAGUUGUUUACUGGAGUACUUGGAAAAAUACAUAGAUCUCAUUACAGAAAUACGCCCAUGUGAGUUGCUUUCUUUUCCCUUUUUGGAAAUAAAUAUUGUCCUGUUGAGAAUUCUGUUAUAAAA